UCACACCACGUGAUUUAUGGACAGCCCCUUAGCUUGACAAAGAAUAAGGAUGGUAAAACUAUGAGGAGAUAAUUUUAUUCUUAUAAACGUACUCGUGGCUUUAGAUUCUGGAAGCAAAAAGGAACGAAUAAAAAUUUAGGCAAUAUGUUGAAAUGUUCUCGCGAAAUAUUAAAAAAAAUGUUAUUGCCUUGAAUAGAAAGUUGAACAGCACACCUUUCUGGAUAUUUGCUAAUAUUCUGAACAGUAUAAAAAGAAUAGAAUUUGUUCAGCUGGCAUAUUCAGCUUCUUGAGUUCAACCGUUGAUCAUCAAAUAUUCCAAAAUGGCUUUUAAGUUCGUUCUAUUUGCAAGUCUGUUAGUUGCUGUGAGCGCAGGAUUUUCUCAUCAAACAAUUAGUCAGCGCGUGCCAUCAUCCUACUACUCUGGGAGACCCUAUGCCGUAGAAGAAUCCCGUAAACCAAUAUACAUAAGCAAUGAUGAAAUCAUCAAGCACCAACAUGAAGUUCACCGACUGGAUAUGACCCGUGGUCAAUACCGUUUAGUUGAUCCGGAUGGCAAACUUCGACUUAUCAACUAUCAAGGAGCUCAACGUGCCCGCUCAAAUAAUAAUAUUCAUCAUAGGGCUGUUGAACCCACUCAUCAGUAUUACGAAAUACCAGUCCAAGCUUCAAAUCAUCACACAGUGCCGGUCGAAACCCCUGUCAUCUUACGUCGCCAGGCUUCAGCACCGAUAGGAGCUCGUAUUUUAAAAUCUCACUCCAUUCCAAAAUCAAGCAGAUCCCAAAGUGAUAUUCCCGUGUCUUACGUCAGCAUUUCGCAGGUGCUACCCACUGGAAACUAUGGUCAGAAGGAGCUUCGCACGACCAGCCAUGCCAGUCAACAUCCGUACUAAUCAAUAGAACUAGUAAUAAUCGCAACUGUUGUUUUCCGAAUAUUUGUAAAAUAAAUAGCUAUGGUAAUAAA